GGGGCGCCCACGAGCCCGGCCGAGGGCCGACGGGCACCGCUGCCGCCAUCUUGCCCGCCGUGAGUUCCGCCAUGGGCUUGGGGCUCCUGAGCGCCGUGCUGUUGUUCGCGGGGGGCUCGCUCACGCACUCAGGACACCUGCCUCUCUCUGAGAGGCGGGAGCAGGUCGGAAGCCCCGGGUGGGCCCAUGCCACGCGCGACAGGCAGAAGCACCCCGGCCAGAAAGAGGAAGGGCCGGCCGCCCAGGGCAAUUGUGGAAGAGCGCGGCUGGUGAAUGUGCUGAAAGGGUCUCGCAUCAUAGGGGGAGCAGAUGCUCAAGUUGGUGCCUGGCCGUGGAUAGUUAGCCUGCAGAUAAAAUCCGGCAGAAAUCACGCUCAUGUGUGUGGAGGCAGCUUAGUGACAGAAAGGUGGAUCCUCACAGCUGCUCACUGCAUUAAAGACCCUAGUGACCCAUUCAAUUGGAGAGCUGUAAUUGGAACUAAUAAUGUAGAUGGGCACCGUUCGCAUUCCAAGACCAUGAAAGUGAAAGAAAUCAUUGUCCAUCCAGACUUCAACUCAUACACUUAUUUAAAUGACAUUGCGAUUUUUCUUUUAGCAAAAGCAGUGAGAUAUAAUGACUAUAUUCAGCCUAUUUGUUUACCUUUUGGUGUCUUCCAAAACCUGGACCAAAACACAAAAUGUUUUAUAAGUGGCUGGGGACGAACAAAAGAGGAAGGUAAUAUUACAAAGAUGUUACAGGAAGCAGAAGUACAUUACAUCUCUCGAAGUAUUUGUAAUUCUCAGCAGAGUUACGGGGGAAUCAUUCCCAACACUUCGUUUUGUGCAGGUGAUGAAAAUGGAGCUUUUGAUACUUGCAGGGGUGACAGCGGUGGACCAUUAAUGUGUUACUUACCAAAACACCAGCGAUAUUUUGUAAUGGGAAUUACCAGUUACGGAUACGGCUGUGGUCGGAAAAAUUUCCCUGGUGUGUACAGUGGGCCAUCCUACCACCAAAAAUGGCUGACAGAUCACUUGUACCAGACAGUCAGUAAUGGUGGGUCUAAGACAAGCUUUCGGCUCGGACAGGUUUUUCUAGCCUUAGGCUCUGUCAUAUUAGCAGUGCCAUAGAGAAAUUCAAAAUGACCCUUAUUUUGAAUUGUGCCCCCUUCCCUUGUCCUCUAUAAUGAAAAUUAUUUUAUUAUUUUAGCAAGUUCCCAUGGCAAAGUUCUCAUGUGAACAAUUUUUAGAAGAGAAGGAGUGUGAUUGUAAAUUUGGCACAGAAUCACAUGCUUCUUUGAUGUCUCUUAAAUUGUUUUACUUCAUAAUCAUAAUUUUGCAUUUGGAAUAUUUUCCGAGUUUGUACAAAAUAUUCUGUUAAAUGUAGACUUUAUAUAAAUAAGUGCCAAAUAAUAAAAUUUAUAAUUAAAUUGAAA